AUGUACUCCAUACAAGAUUACCUUCUAAAGGAAAAGCAAAAAAAGUCAGUAUUUUCAAUAUCAACUACUGUGAAGAGAUUUUUUGUGAUAGACUUUUCGCUUCAAUCUUUUUAUUAUAAGAAUAAUUUGAAGUCUACUGAAUUUAAAACUGUUUGCUCUUUGAGGGAUCUAAAAGAGGCUAAGGAAUUUGAACACUCAAAUUAAAGUGUUAUUAAGAUUUGGCCUUAUGCAUUAAAGAUACACUCAAUAAAAUCAUCGAUAGUUCUGUAUUUUGAUACUUUAGAGAAAGCUUUGAAAUGGAAACAAACCAUUGAUAAGAUAAUAGAUCUAAAUAAAAGGGUUCAAAACUUUAAGAAAUUGUAGCGAUCAAAAUCUUAAGAUAAAUUUAACUCAAAUACUUCUUCACAUGUCGAAUAAUCUUAACAUCAUCUCUAGACUAUUUAAUCUGUUUAGACUAAUUCCCAUUAGAAAUAAUAGUCAAUAAUAAAUGAUGAGGAAUUUAGAAGCAAGAGCGCUUUAACACCUUUUAGAGAGGAUUUCAAUAAUGUCAAGCAUUAAUCUGGUGCAAAUGAGCUGUUCUUUCAAACUGAUUUCAAUAAAAAAGAUAGGAGACCUUCUAAAUAUGUAAUUGAUUUGGAUGACAACCCUGAAGAGUUCUUGAGGAAUAAAAGAGAGAAUAUUUAGAUGACUCAUAAUACCUAGCAAAACAAUCAUAACAGAAAUAGUGAUAACCCUUAUAAUUAUUAGAGCAAGCAAAUCUAGAGGUACAAGUUUAAUCUAAAUUUCCAGAAUUCACUUGACAGUAGUGAUGAGAGAAUUAAAGAAAACUUGUUUCCUGACAAUGAUAUGAUACAGGCAUCUAGCAUUCACACGAUUUAAGAAAUGCCAGCAUCAUUUGAGAAUAGCAAAUUAAGUGGGAUAAACAUUGAAAACAUUUAGAAGAAUUAUGGAGUUGAGGGGUAGAUAUAAAUGAGUGAAAUAUCAUUUAGAUAAGAUGCAUCAGAUCUGAAUUACAGUCUAUCAAAGAAUAAGAUAAAUGCUUUCUAGCCUAAGAAGAGACCCUAGUUUGAAAGUGAAAUUGAUGUUGUAAAUACCAGAAUAAGAAAGAGAUAAGACAUUUUAAGGAGUGAUGUGAUCUACCCAUCAACAAGCUGCUUUGGUUGUAAAAUAGUUUAUUGA